GCUGCUGAUGCAUUAAUGCCGUGUUUUUUGGUUUCUUUGAAUAUUUCACAGAUCUGUGGUGGCGCCCAAUUGGUGAUUGGUGCGUUUCUGCUAUGGACUCAUCGGCAGUAUUCGACGAUAGUUAACGACCAGUUUUGGGAACCGUUUGGAGUAAUCAUUGCGCUGGGACUCGUCUCGCAGCUGAUCUGUUAUCUUGGAUGGACUUCAACGAGUAAAAAGCAUCGGUGUUAUUUAGGAACGUUUUGCGCAUUUUUAGUGAUACUGAUUGUGAUCCAGUUUCUAGUUAGCGGCUGGGCGGUGGCAACCAAAACUCAACUCAUCACACCCGCUGAAAUGGCCAUCGAGACGAAUUUCGAGAGCUUCAUCGCACACAAGGGUGCCACCACUGAUCAAACGCACAUCUGGAAUCGAUUGCAGCGGGACUUCCAAUGCUGUGGGGCCAACAGUGUCUAUGAUUACAAAAAGCUGCCAGAGGUGGGCGUACCAUGGUCAUGCCACGAUUCUAGCAACAACAAGGUACACAGUACCGGCUGUAUGCAUAUGCUGGUUAAACACAUCGAGCUUCACAUGAUUAGGGUAGCGGUAGUGGCAAUAGUAGCCGCCUUAAUACAGGUUAGUGUUUGAUGUUAGAAUUUCCCAAGGGGG